AUGUCCGCCUCACCAUCCUCUGCCGUCGUCGCCGAGCCGGACGUUAUGACGUCGAUCGUCAUCGCUGCGCCGCCGUCGCUCGUCUACUCGAUCCUGCUCGACAUUCCCGGCUACCCGCGCUGGAUCAGCAUGUUCGUCAAGGCCUCUGCGUCGCCCAGCGGCCCUGACGGCGCGCUGGCCGUGGGCGAUGCGCUGCACCUGGCGCUCAAGCCCGCCGGCGCCGACAAGAAGCCAUUCGAGUUCUCGCCGCGCAUCACCGAGAUCACGCCGGGCCGUGUAUUUGAGUGGAUCGGCGCGCUGCCGCUGGGCCUCUUUACGGGCCGGCACCGCCUCGAGGUGCAGGCGCACGCCGAGGGCACACGGCUGCUGCACAGCGAGGCGUUCAGCGGCCCGGCGCCGUGGCUGUGCCGGGCGAGCGGCGCGCAGUGGUGGAGCGCCAACAUGGCCAAGACGCGCGCCAACUUCGAGAGGGCCAACGAGGAGCUCAAGCGCCACGCCGAGGCGCUGCACGCCAGCGGCCAGACACGCACGGCUUAG